GUUACGAUCAAGUGCAUGGCAACAAGGAUGUCUAUGGCUUCGGCAAGCAUGAGCAGCGCAGUGGGAAAGAAGAUCGGGGGUCAGAACUGCUUCCUGGGGCUUGAGUGGGCCGUCGAGGGUGUCAGAGCAGUCGUCGUCGACGAACACCUCGACAUCGUCGUCACGGAGGAGGUUCGUUUUGAAAACGAGCUGCCUGAGUAUGGGACUCGAGGGGGAGUACUAGUGUCACAUAAUACGUACGCACUUAACGUGCCCGUGGAAAUGUACAUAAAAGCGCUUGACUUGCUUCUCACGAAGCUCACCCAGCUGUCGCUACCGCAACGCAUUCGUUCAAUAUCUGGUUCAGCGCCUUCGCUGUUGCUCCCGACCACCUCCUUUCCACCCUCUGUGACACUCCCGGCCCCGUCACAGCCUCUGCAUAACGCGCUGAACUCGCUUCUUUCAUUCCCACACACUCCUCUGCCGCAUCCCCUUACAUCACCUGCGCAUAUCCCUGCACUUCUCGCUUCUCUGCUUCCCUCUCUGCCGUCCCAGACGAGCGCACUCACUACUCUUCCAUCCCUUCUCGUCUCGCUUUUCUGCGGCUCCUACACUCUUCCAUCCGCCUCUGAACUGGCAGCAACAGGUGGUAAACUAUGGGAUAAGGAAAAAUGCGAGUGGGACGAACAAGGUCUUCGCGAACUGCUGCGGCUCGGUUUGGGUGGAAGCGACGACCUCGGCGACGCUCCGGCAAGAGUGAAGGAGAUGAUGCCGCGAUGCAGCUUGCCUGGGUUGCGAGAGGCGGAGGAGGUCGGACGGAUUGCACCAUAUUUUGUGACACGCUAUGGAUUCUCGCCAGAUACCACCGUGCAUGCUUUCCAACCCCCGCAUAUAGCCUUCUAUCUGUCGCAGGCGCCGUCUUCAACUACGGGGGUUAUGGCGCUGGGCACGCCUGAUGUGCUUCUCGUACCCUUAACGUCGAUUCCACCUCCACAGCCGGUGGCAAGAUCUGCCAUGCCCUCCUCCAUCAACCGGGUAUGGGAGAGAGAAGACGCCAGCGUCGUUCCGCAUCCUGCAGGCUUAGGCGAGGGAUAUAUCGGCGUGGUAGUCAGCUCGUAUGGAGAGGAAGCGCGCCAACAAGCCAUGGGCAAGUACACAAAGACGUGGACUGCUUUCGAUCGCCUUGUUGCGGUUGUUCCUCCAGGAGGGUCGAUUGGGUUGGACAACAAGCUCUUCUGCUUCUGGGGACCUCAAGGCCAGUUCCGAUUUCGUUUUGGCAAGACGGCGGAGUUUGAAGACUCCCGUGUCAUCCCCCGAUGUCUGCUGGAAUCGCAGAUGCUCCAUCUUCGCGUCCGUCUGUCACGUCUCCUCGCACCGAUUUCCCAAUCGCCAAAGCCGUUGUUCCCGUCCUCGGUGCCUUUCGACGUGUACGACCCGAUCCCCCUGCCAAGGCGGAUGAUCAUCAACGGAACAACCGCGAAUUACCCCGCAAUGGCCCAGCUCAUCAGCGACAUAUUCCACUCCAUAAUCUUCGUGUCCAGCCCCACCACUGCUCCGGGUCAACCUGCAUUCCCGUUCCCCGACGACAUGCCAAAGCCUGAGCUCAGCCGUUCUGCCCUGGGAUCUGCGUAUCUUGCUCGCUACGCCUGGCGCAGGUUGAUGCGGCUAGAGGAAACUGCUCGAUAUGCCACAUAUGGGGACGAAGUCCGCGCGUUGCUCAAGCGCAAAGCCGAGAGUAUCUUGUUCCGUGAACGUGAAAGAGAAUGGGAGCGUGCUCGGGACAAAGAACGUGAAGGCCUUGUUGCGAAGGGCGUCCUUAAGAAGCCUGGAAGUAGUUUCUAUUCCCACCCCGGCAGCAGGUUGAGUACUACCAUGCUUGCAACUGUCGACACCGUUGAAGAGGUCGAUGAAACCGAGGAGGAUGACUUGAGUACCGAGCCUUCCCCACCCAUGACAAGCUACCAGCAACCACCAUCCGCUUUCGGCCGGUCUUCAUCAUUGCUGAUGACACCAAAAACCUCGCCAGAGCUGGCAGAACCCAUCACGCGUACACGCACUCUCACCGGUGGCUCAAACACCUCAAUUGGCUCGUAUGCUUCGCUCGCUUCUACACCCUCCGCCAUAUCUCACACCUCCAGCCCUGCCAGUUUGGCCUCCCUCACUACUCCAGGACUUAUGCCACCUUUCGGCGAAUCGCCCUCCGCCUCAGGAUCCCCUGCCGCCAUGCCAGAAGUCGUCGGUCUUCAAACCGAUGAAGCUGAUGUCCUGCUUGGCCUACGCAAGCUCGCGGAUUCUGACAUCGACGCGUUCAUGGGGUACGCGGCGAUUGUACCCGAAUUCCUUCGUCUCGAACGGAUGCUCGCGAUGGGCACUGUCAUUUGAACAUAUUGUUCAAUGCUUCACUUUUUAUCAACACGUUUCCCCUGAUGCCAAUUCAGCUUCUGCACGCAGAUAUCCGAUUUUCUUCAUCCGCACAUGAUGACACCUCACGUCCUGUCCGAAAUCCCAGUCAUUCUUCGAUAUCCUUUCAAUGCUGUCCCGAUCAAUUUGCUUUCUUUUAAACCCCGCCCGCUUUCGCGCCUCAGUUCUAUUCAAGUCUGCCCAUUUUUCUAUAUGCUUUACCUUAUUCCCCAGAGCACAUACGA